GGUGUUUGAGGUUUACGACAACAUCCGCCCUGGACCGGCGCGGGGGUGGGCUGGACUGCUGGGCGGCCCCGCCUGAGAUUUCGUGGUACCUCCCUUGGCCUCUGGAUUUCCGGGGGGAGGCUGGGCUGGGGCCAUGCAGAACCGGCCAAAAAGCGUGAGUAACAACUUUGGAACUCAAAAAUCCUAGAAUUCGAGCUAGAAGGGGUUCCUUUUAGAUAGAGCAUUUAUGAAAUAUUACACAGAGACAAAAAUGAAGCAACUUUUGUUCUUGAGCUUACAUUCUACAAGAGCUACAAUUCUACAAUCAGCAUAUACAAAAUGAAAGGAAGAUACCCUGGUCCCUUGCCCAUCCAGCCUCAAUGCCCCUCUUAUCCUUGGCUCCUCUUCAGCUCAGGCUUUGGGGACUGAAGCCCUGCCAGAGUAUCCCCUGGCUGCACCCUUUCUCCACUCAACCUUAUCCUCAUGGAUCCUCUGUUCCCCAAAGGAAUCGUGAACAAAAACAGAAGCGGCUUCGAGAAAAGCAGGGGACUUUGGAGGGAGAGACAGCAUGGAGGAGCAAGCUACCAACAAAGCCUGGUAAAACUUGGACUGCUAAAGAGAUAGUAUUGUAUGAAAUCCCUACAGAACCUGGUGAAAAAAAAGAUGUCACAGGACCCUUGCCUCCUACAUAUAGCCCCCAAUAUGUUGAGGUUGCCUGGUACCCUUGGUGGGUUCGAGAGGGGUUCUUCAAACCAGAAUAUCAGUCCCAGCUGCCUCAGGCCACAGGAAAGAUCUUCUCUAUGUGUAUCCCCCCACCCAAUGUCACUGGCUCCCUGCACCUUGGCCAUGCUCUCACCGUGGCCAUACAGGAUACUCUUGUGCGAUGGCAUCGGAUGCGAGGGGACCAGGUACUGUGGAUCCCAGGUUCAGAUCAUGCUGGCAUUGCUACUCAGGCUGUGGUGGAGAAGCAGCUGUGGAAGGAGCAGAGAAUUAGGAGAUAUGAGCUAAGCCGAGAAGACUUUCUAAAGGAAGUGUGGAAGUGGAAGGAAGAGAAGGGUGGUGAGAUUUGUGAGCAGCUACAAGCCUUGGGGGCCUCUUUGGACUGGGAUCGAGAAUGUUUUACCAUGGAUGCUGGGUCUUCAGUAGCAGUGACAGAGGCUUUUGUUCGUCUGUAUGAGGCCGGGCUGUUAUACAGGGACAAGCAGAUUGUCAAUUGGUCGUGUACUUUGAAGUCAGCCAUCUCGGAUAUUGAGGUAGAGGGUCGGCCCCUGACUGGCCGAACAGAAUUCUGCCCUCCAGGCUGUCCCCAGCCUGUCUCCUUUGGGUUCCUUGUUUCUGUUGCCUUUCCAGUAGAUGGGCAUCCUGACACAGAGAUUGUAGUGGAGACCACUCGACCUGAGACUUUACCUGGAGAUGUGGCUGUGGCUGUUCAUCCUGAUGACCCCCGAUACACACACCUCCAUGGGCGCCAGCUCUGUCAUCCCCUAAGUGGGAAACUUCUUCCCCUCAUCACUGACCCUGCAGUCCAGCCUGACAUGGGCACAGGUGCAGUGAAAGUGACCCCUGCUCAUAGCCUUGUUGAUGCCGAGAUUGGGGCACGACACAAGCUAAGUCCUGUAAAUGUCAUUGGAGAGGAUGGGACCAUGGUCUACCCUUGUGGGGAUUGGCUGCAGGGUCUUCACCGAUUUGUGGCCCGUGAAAAGAUUGUGUCUGCCCUUAAGGAACAAGGGCAUUUGCGGGGCAUUCGGGACCAUCCUAUGGUACUCCCUAUCUGCAGCCGUUCUGGAGAUGUGGUAGAAUAUCUCCUCAAGAACCAGUGGUUUGUGCGAUGCCAGAGAAUGGGAGAACGAGCUGCCCAGGCUGUGGAAUCAGGGGCCCUGAAGCUCAACCCUCCCUUUCAUCAGAAGAAUUGGCAACACUGGUUUUCUAACAUCAGUGAUUGGUGUGUUUCCCGGCAGCUGUGGUGGGGACAUCAGAUCCCAGCCUAUCGGAUUGUUGGAGAAGAGGGAGACGGUGAGGAAUGUUGGGUAGUGGGUCGCUCAGAGGAGGAGGCCAGAAAGGUAGCCUUGAAACUCAGAGGGAGACCGGAGAAGGAGCUAAUUUUGGAGAGGGACCCUGAUGUCUUAGACACCUGGUUCUCUUCUGCACUUUUUCCCUUUGCUGCUUUGGGCUGGCCCCAGAAGACCCCAGAUCUGGCUCAGUUCUACCCCUUGUCCCUGCUGGAGACAGGCAGUGACCUCCUGCUGUUCUGGGUGGGCCGUAUGGUCAUGCUGGGGACCCAGCUCACUGGACAGCUUCCGUUUCCCCAGGUGCUGCUUCACUCCAUGGUUCGGGAUGGGCAAGGCCGAAAGAUGAGCAAGUCUCUGGGGAACGUGCUAGAUCCCAGGGAUGUUAUCAGAGGGGCCAAACCACAGGUGCUACAGGAGAAGCUAAAAGAUGGAAAUCUGGAUCCCAGAGAGCUACAGAUUGCUGCUGCUGCACAGAGGAAGGAUUUUCCUCAAGGAAUCCCGGAAUGUGGUACAGAUGCUCUGAGAUUCACACUCUGUUCUCAUGGAACCAAGGGGGACAACAUAAACCUGUCUGUCUCUGAAGUCCUGAGCUCCCGCCAUUUCUGCAAUAAGAUCUGGAAUGCCAUGCGAUUCAUCCUUAAUGCCUUAGGAGACAGAUUUGUACCCCAACCCAUGGAAGAACUGUCUCCCUCCUCGGUCAUGGAUGCCUGGAUCCUGAGCUGCCUGACCCUCACCAUCCGGGAAUGUGAGCGAGGCUUCCUGGCACAAGAGCUCUCUCUCAUCACCCAUGCUCUUCACCACUUUUGGCUCCAUAAACUCUGUGAUGUCUACUUGGAGUCAGUGAAACCUGUGUUGUUGAGAUUACCUCAAGCCCCAGGACCACUGCAGAUCCUGUACUCCUGCGCAGAUGUUGGGCUUCGCCUCCUUGCCCCAGUCAUGCCCUUUCUGGCUGAAGAACUUUGGCAACGGCUGCCCCGCCAGCCAGAUUGUACGCCAGCUCCAAGCAUCUGUGUUGCCCCCUACCCCAACCUUCAAAAUAUGGAGCACUGGUGCCAGCCAGAGCUGGAACAGCGAUUUUCUCAGGUUCAAGAAGCUGUGAAAACACUAAGGGGGCUCCGAGCCCUGUACCAGCUCAGCAAGGCCCGGCCCCAAGUGUUGUUGCAGUGUUCAGAGCCCAGUGAGCAGUAUGUCUAUGAAGAUUUCCUGGAGCCACUGGCUACCCUGGCCCAUUGUGGAGCUGUGAGCUUUCUGCCCUACAACGAGGCAUCUCCGCAAGGCUGGGCCCAGGCCACGCUCAGUAAUACCACCCAGGUCUACAUGGAGCUACAGGGCCUGGUGGACCCCCAAGUCCAGCUCCCUGUCCUGCUUACCAGAAGACAGAAGCUCCAGAGACAACUUGAUAGCCUGACCGUCCGGGCCCCAGGCAAGGGAAGUGAGAUGCUACAGAGGGAGCAUAAGGUCUCCUCCCUCCUCUUGGAGCUCUCAAAGUUGGACCAAGCAACCUCACACCUUCAGCAGCUGAUGGACACAACUCCAAAGCCCUGAAUUGCAUCUGCAUAGCCCUUCUCUCUAGCUGAACUAUCUCUGGGUAUUCCUGGGUCAGGGUGACCCUGGGUAAUCCUAUGGGACAUUCAGAAUUAUCAUGGCCUCCCUCAGCACCCUGACUUUUUUGCAGGCUCAGGAGUAAGAUAAUUUAAAAUGUUUAUUUGUUUGUUUUUAAGCCAA